GGUGCGGGGCGGGGCAGGCGCGGCGUGGUGACAUGCGCGGUGAUGGUGCGCGGCGGCGGGCGCGGCGGUAACCAGCAUGGCGGACGACAACACCAUCAUCGAGGGCACCGUCAAGUUCCGCGACGGCAAGAAGUGGAAGUCGAGGUGGUGCGUGAUGAGGAAGCUGUCGCCCGUCGCUGACUGCGUGCACCUGCAGGUGUACCGCGACUCCAAAGCGCGGUGGGGCGGCGCGGCCAGCAAGGCGUCGCUGUCGCUGCAGCAGUACCUUGGCUGCGAGGCGGGCUUCACGCUCGACAAGCACUCGCACACGCUGGCGCUGCUCUGCGCCGACUUCACCGCCGUGCUAGCCUUCGAGACGCGAGAGCGCCUCAUCCAGUGGCAGGUGAAGGUGAAUGGUCACCUGGGCGAGGCGCGGCAGUUCCUGGUGGUGGUAGGGGCGGGAAGCGCGGGCAAGCUGGCAGCCGGGCCGGCACGCCUGCUGCUGCAUCAGCGCCGCUUCGCUCUCACCGCCGGCGUGCCGCCCAAGCUGCUUGGGGUGUGGGAGAUUGGCCACCUCAGACGUUAUGGAGUGGUGGAGGGACGAUUUUGCUUUGAAGGUGGCUCUCACUGCGGGAAAGGUGAAGGCCUGCACGUACUGGUGUCGGAUCAAGCGGCUGAUAUUGUUAGAGAUUUUGAUCUCGCUUCAAGAGGACAGCUUUCUCCGAAACGUAGAGCUUUCCUAUUUAAGAAAAAUGACGGUAUUGAAAGUCCGAAGUCACAAAAAGCUUUUCGAUCAGAUGUGCGUUUAGAAUUAAACACUAUUGAUCGAUCAUUACCUCCAACUGACCUGCGCUUAUAUGAAGAUCCUUGUAUUGGUGACGAGACGGGCGCUAUUUCUCCAUAUUGGCCAUCAGCAGAAAGAUCAAAUUAUGACGAUAAUAUGGGACUCGGAGAUACAGCGUCAGUUAAUGAACUGGGUGACGGCACUGACAAUACUCCGUGGAACGGUAAUGGAAAUGUAAUGUUGGAAAGAUGUAUGAGUUGCAUUUCCAAACUAGGGGCAUUAUCUAGAUCCUCGACUGCUGCUCUUACACCUGGUGCCAAACAUUUCAGUCCAGCUUGGACGAUGGAAGAAGUAGACGAAGGUCGCAGUGACAUUAUCACCGAUGAAAUGGUGCGGAGCACUGAAACACUUAAUAAAUCCAUAACUAAGACUGAACAAGUUUGCCGCUGUGGUGCGGAACGAGUACCUGAUCGACCACCGAAACCCACAAAGUUAGAUUUAAAAUUAUCAAGAAAACCUCCAAUGCCCUUGCCAGUUAGAUCAUUUAGUCAUGCUCAUUUAUCAUCUAUACAAGAAAAUUCAUCUUCUAAAGUAGGACCGUACCAAAACUACGAUGUGCCAAAAAUACCAUCAGCAGAGGUUGAUGGAGAAUACUACGAUACGCCAAAAAGACUUAAAGAAUGUUUAGAUAAAGAUUUAUUUAAAAUGACGAAGAGUUCUUCUGCUCAUACAAUAGUUUUAAAGAAACCUUGUGGAUGUUUAUUAAAGUUUGGUAAAAAACCAAAACAACUGACAGUGAUAGAUACUGAUGAAAGUUUUCAACCGUCUAACUGCCCGUGCCAAAAAGUUACAGCUUGGGCCAACAACUGGAUAAAGCUGCCCUAUUGCAGUAAAGCCCCAGAAAGUGACAGCCCUGUACCAAACAAAGAAAAUGUCACACCAAGCGCUACUGAUAGGAACGCUUUGUACGCUACAAUAGACCUUUCUCGAAAAACAAGGAGAAAGUCGCUUCAUCAAGAAUUCGCAACGCCAUCUAACGAAUGUGUAAAGAGGAGCAUUGAAAUUCCUGAAAUAGACGAUGGCCCGCUGGCGAAUUAUGAAAAUUUAAAUUUUGCUCUAUCUCUGGAACAUUAUGAAAACGCUAAAGACCUAUUAAAAAGAGCGGGAGUUACGCAACUCGAAUUGAAUGCGCUCAGUACUAAUCUCAAUCCACUAGUUGCAUUAAAAUCUGAAAAAGAUAAAUCUAUGUGUACAAAGUGUGGCCAUCCACAAGAAAAUGGUGAAAACCGACGGUCGUCCAACGAUGAAUAUCUAAUGAUGGAACCUAAUUCGAUCGAAAGUAAUAAAUUUGACCGGGAUAAAUCUCUGCCAUCCGGUUACACGCCAAUGUCGCCCAUUGGUGGAUUUGCGUUCCACACAUUAAAGCAUCAUCCAAAGAACGCUAUUAAUCGACUUUUGGAUGAAAAAUCUGCGAGCAACCCGACACUAUGCGUUUCAGAAGAAUCGAGGCAGAUGACCGCAUCUAGUGGGGAGCGCGUCGAGCUGAGAGCGCCCCACGAAAGAACGGAAUACCGCAAGCGUUCAAGUUCAGCGGAUUCGUCACGCUUCCUGGAGGACGUCAAAGAAUUCGACGGCAGUAUCGGUAGCCGCGGCUGGUCGCUGCGCGGCGAGGCAGCGGCCGAGGUGGCGGGCGUGACCGGCUUCGAGCUACCGGCUACGACGGCGGCGGCGCGGCGGCGCUACCGCAGCGCGCGCCGCGCCGCCUCCCCACCCGCCGCGCCGCCGCGCCGCUCGCGCUCCUCCGGCGCCGCGCGCGCCGCUCCGCCCGACACACACAAGUGCUGCUCCGCCGAGGCAGAGGUCCCCGUGAUCACCAAUAAGCCACUGAGAGGCGUGGCGGACACGCACAGCACGUCCAGCGGCACGUCGGACAUGUCGGACUACAUCGAGACGCUUUCCAUUUGUUCCUCACACUCCUCUUCGGACACACCGGUGACUAUGCGAGUGGUGCGCCAGACGACGAGCACGCUGCGGCCGCGCUCGGGCAAGGAGUACCAGCCGCUCGCGCCGCGCCUCGCCGCCGGCCUGCGCACGCACACGCACUCCCACCCGCACGCGCACACACACGCGCACACACACACGCAUCCCUACAACAACCUGCCCUAGGCAUGUCAUUUGUAUAGUAACGUUAGAGAGCCUUGAUCGCGGAUACACUUGAACUUGAACAUCGAUACACAUAUUACGAUAAUGCUUUGAAAUUGAACUAAAAUGUUACGAGUGCAAUAAGAAAUUAAAAAUAUUGUGUCGCAUAAAAGCAUACGCAUAAUUUGACACCUGACCGAACUUUAGGAAAUGUGAAAUGUCUACAAUAACAACGAUCGUUAGAAUAAAAUGUUUGGUGUACAUCGUACAAGUGCAAUUCGUGUUCAGGAUUCUCUCCCACAACUUCUUGUGUUUGCGGUUAAAACUUUGAUUUCAGUCGCAGU